AUGCAAGUGCAUUUAAAAUUAGGUAAAUUAUCGACUGGCUGUCUUUUUGCUCGAUCUGGCAAUCACGUUAAUUCCGUGACUGAUACUGCUAGUGAUAUUCUUGAUUUAGUUUUCUUCAACGUCGAAGCGCCUUUACUAGCACUUGGUGAACAAAUUCGAUCAGAACCAGGAUUUUAUUACAAAGAAUCGAAUAUUACUGCUAAUUUUCCUGAUCAACGAGGUCUUUGUUCUGGUUUAAAUCUUCUUGCCAACUAUGAUUAUUUACCAUCCUGA